UUGAAGAUAAUUUUUAGGUUAUACACAAAAAUUUUUGCUAUAAAAAUAAAUUAUCUAAUCCAUUUUAUAAGAUAAGAAUAAUGAAGUAAUAAAACGUGUAGGUGAAUAAAAGGAAAUUGUGCUAUGUGGAUCGUAGAGUCAACUUGACAUUAGUUUGUUCAUGCCAUGAACGAAUCACUAGCUAUUGGAAAUUGGACAUUAUUAAGUACAACAUAUUUGGAUAGUUGUAUUCAAUAUAUUAUUGAUUAUCUUAAAGACGCCGUGGAGCAUUUAAUAUUAUUUUUUAUAGCGUAUAUAACGCUAUGUAUUGCCCUAUAUUUAAGUGCCGUGCAUUGGAAACACAUUGGUGGUUGCAAUUUAGCACCAAAACGAGUUUUAUUCGUAGUCGCACACCCAGAUGAUGAAUGUAUGUUUUUUGGACCAACAAUUAUCAAACAUACAUCGCGUCAUGAUUGUCAAGUUUAUUUGUUAUGCUUAUCAAAAGGUAAUUCAGAUGGUUUAGGUUCCAUAAGGACAAAAGAAUUAUGGAAAUCUGGUGCCAAAUUACAGAUACCUGAUGAAAAUAUAAUUUUAAUAAAUAAUACACUUUUACAAGAUAAUCCAAAAGUGUCGUGGCGUGAAGAUGUGAUAGCACGUAUCAUAUUAACACAUAUAGAAGAAUUACGUAUUGAUACAUUAAUCACAUUCGAUAGACAUGGUGUCAGUCGACAUAAGAAUCAUUGUAGUAUAUUUUAUGCGGUUGCAUUUUUAUGUCUUGAUUCAAAGAUACCAUCGUAUUGCACUGUUUAUACAUUAGAAUCCACAAAUAUUUUAAGAAAAUAUUGGUUACUUUUGGAUAUUCCUCUUAGCUACCUCUUAUCGUCAUAUAGAUAUAUUUUAAAUUGGAAGGAACGAUGUCAAAUAAUCGAUGCAAUGCGUCAACAUAAAUCACAAUUAGUAUGGUUUCGAAGAUUAUAUUUAUUAGUCAGUCGAUAUACAAUGAUCAAUACAUUGAAUCAAAUGAACACAAUUGAUUUAGAAUUGGAUUUAGAAAUUGAUCCAGAUUAAAUCUAGAAGUCAUGCGGAUUUUUAUGUUUUUGUUGUUGUGAAACACAACAAUUCUGUAAUUAUAUGUUUGUUAAUUUUACUGUAAAUUAUUUAUAAAAAAUUAUUUAUUAAAUAAUUGUAUACACGUUCACUUCUUUUCAACGAAAUAUUUGUCACCAGUUCCAGGCUUUUUUCAUAAGUGAUUUUUAACUGGAUUCUUCGGAUGUGGUUUCGUUAUGGCUAACAGAGAAAAUUUUUAUUUGAGAAAUUUUUUGAAACGAAGUAUUUUUAGUAAUUCUUUGUUAGUAAUCACUGGUGAAAAAGGGCCUUGAACGUACAUAUAUAUUUUUUUGUGGCCAUAAUUUUAUCCUUAUAUUUAUAGUUCUAUUUUUGCCCUGAAUUUUAUAAAGUGACUGUAAUUAUCGCAAUUUGAAAUAAUAAUUUUAUUGA